UAAAUUAUGGGGAAAAACAAAUUCAGGGAGACAUCAUCAUAGGUAAGGAGACUGCUAAUUAAAGAAUAUAAAGAAACGUGACAAUAAUUUAGAACUUGAAAACAGAACACGUUUCGUUGCGUCCCCUAGUUGCUUCUUCUCAAUCUUCUUCUUCUUCUUUUUAGACCUUUUGUUGGUUUUUGAAACAGAGCACAGUAGAAGAAUACAAACAAAGUAGAUGAAGCAAAACGAGACAUUCGAUCAAGAAAGGGAAGAUUUGUAUCACACGUUCGAUGAGGAAGAUGAAGAAAGCCAAACAGAGAGCUCCGUUCCCUCAACUCCUUUAUCUCGUAACAGAUCCGAAGACGUUCCCGUUCCGUGGCCUCGAAGUUAUCGACAAUCUAUGGAUUUGUUGACUGGAGUUACACCUCCGACUAGUACAAGUUUUGUCUCUUCAUUUCGCCAGAGACGACAAAGCUCUGUUUUCGGUUCGUUUACUUCUUCACCAAGCAAACAGCAACUUCUCAUAGACAAAGACGAGAUCCAAAGCUCUGUUGUGUCCUCCAUCAAAUCAUUUCUUGCUUCUCAUCUCCAGCUAUCAGUCCCAGGGGAUCUUUUAACUCCCCAAGAAAACCGCAGUUGCACAUUCUCUCAAUCCGUUCUCAACGGAAUUAACGUUCUAUGUGGAGUAGCUUUACUUACAAUGCCUUACGCAGUUAAAGAAGGAGGAUGGUUAGGGCUUUUCAUACUCUUCUCCUUUGGCAUUAUCACUUUCUACACCGGCAUUCUCCUCAAGAGAUGUCUCGAGAACUCCCCUGGAAUCCACACUUACCCGGACAUCGGUCAAGCUGCAUUCGGAACCACUGGACGCAUCCUCGUCUCUAUACUUCUCUACGUAGAGUUAUACGCAUCUUGUGUGGAAUACAUAAUCAUGAUGAGUGAUAAUUUGUCAAGAAUGUUCCCAAAUACCUCCUUAUACAUCAACGGAUUUUCUUUAGAUUCUACUCAAGUUUUCGCCAUUACCACGACUCUUAUUGUUCUUCCUACUGUCUGGCUCAAAGACCUCAGCUUAUUGUCCUAUCUCUCAGCCGGAGGUGUCAUCUCCUCAAUCUUGCUUGCGCUUUGCCUCUUUUGGGCUGGAUCAGUAGACGGGGUUGGAUUUCACAUAAGCGGACAAGCUCUUGAUAUAACUAACAUACCUGUCGCAAUCGGAAUUUACGGGUUCGGUUUCGGGAGUCACUCUGUUUUCCCCAACAUUUACUCAUCCAUGAAAGAACCUUCCAAGUUUCCUACGGUGCUUCUCAUCAGUUUUGCGUUUUGCACUCUAUUUUACAUUGCGGUAGCGGUUUGUGGAUUCACGAUGUUUGGUGAUGCGAUUCAAUCCCAAUUUACACUGAACAUGCCACCACAUUUCACCUCAUCUAAAAUCGCAGUCUGGACAGCGGUCGUAACACCAAUGACGAAAUACGCUUUAACGAUCACUCCAGUAAUGCUAAGCCUAGAAGAACUCAUACCGUCUUCAUCAAGAAAGAUGAGAUCCAAAGGUGUCUCUAUGCUCUUUAGAACCAUAUUAGUUCUCUCCACUUUGGUCGUUGCACUCACAGUUCCAUUCUUCGCUACUGUGGCGGCUCUGAUUGGAUCUUUCAUCGCAAUGCUUAUCGCGUUAAUAUUCCCGUGUCUCUGUUAUAUCAGCAUUAUGAAGGGUAGAUUAACUAACUUUCAGAUUGGAAUUUGUAUUUUAAUCGUGAUAAUCGGCAUUGUAAGCGGUUGUUGCGGGACUUAUUCUGCUAUCGCCAGAUUAAUCGGCGAAAUGACCUGAUUGGUUUUGCAGAAUAAGUACGUAUAUUCGAAGGAAUAAACCGGUAUAUACUUGAAUAAAACCGGUUUUUGAUAAACCAAUGGUUUUUUGUGUGAAGAUAAUCCAAUUUGAUUUUUUUUUUUGGUAUUUUAUUCAUAGUUUUAAGUCCAUUUUACUCAAUGUAGUCUUCAUUUUUUUUUUUCAUUUGCUCAUUUAAAAAUAAAUAAAUAACAGAAUAUUUUGG